GUGCGCGAGCAGAGAUGCCUGGAAACAAUUUGGAAGUAGAAAAGAAGUGAGAAAAAGAAAACAAAAAGGACCAGCGGAGAAGGAGAGAAACCUCUCGGCUUCUUGUUUUUUCGCCGGACGCCCCUCACUCUCCUCUCCGUGCUUCCGCCCUCGAGUUUGAUUCGGUCGAGAGAUCGCUCUCUCUUCGGUGAUGGCUCCGGUCUCCGCCCUUGCGAAGUACAAGCUGGUGUUCUUGGGGGAUCAAUCGGUGGGGAAGACCAGCAUCAUCACCAGAUUCAUGUACGACAAGUUCGACAACACCUACCAGGGAUACAGCUGGGCAGGAGAGAUUUAGGAGCUUAAUUCCAAGCUACAUUCGGGAUUCUUCUGUUGCCGUCAUUGUGUAUGAUGUCGCAAGCCGACAAUCUUUCUUAAAUACUUCAAAGUGGAUUGAAGAGGUUCGCACAGAGAGGGGUAGUGACGUUAUCAUUGUCCUUGUUGGAAACAAAACAGACCUUGUUGACAAGAGGCAAGUCUCAAUAGAGGAAGCAGAAGCCAAAGCUCGAGAUCUUGGUGUCAUGUUUAUUGAAACAAGUGCCAAAGCUGGCUUCAACAUAAAGGCAUUGUUCCGGAAGAUUGCUGCUGCACUGCCAGGGAUGGAGACUCUCUCGUCUACAAAGCAGGAAGACAUGGUUGAUGUGAACUUGAAGGCUACCAAUGUAAAUUCAUCCCAGUCACAGGGGUCAUCUGGAGGAUGCAAUUGCUGAUGCUAAUCGAUGAUCUGCUAUGAAGUUUCAAGUGCUUCAGCUGGAUUUGCAUUGACACUUAUCACCUUCUUUAUAGAACUGCACGGACCUUCUCAGAAAAGAAAUGGGCGACUUAGGUUGUGCUGGGUGAAUCACUCUUGUCUAUUUGUGUCAUAGUGUAGUUUAUUUCUAGCAUUUCAUAUAUAAUUUCUAGUUCAUGAAGAGAUCUUUUAGUAUUGUAAUUGCAGAGAGUGGUACCAAGAGGACUAUCAGAAACAUAUAAAACAAUUGUAGGUACAGGUGCAGCAGUUAUUUCUUGUCUUCAGGAGUAUAGGCAGAAAAUAUGUAGUUAGAUCAUUGACAUUUUCAUAUUUAUUACCUGAAUUGCUGGUAGUGACAUCAUUGCAUCCAUUACUGGUAGUUCUGGCACUGGACUAUGUGAAGGUGUUGAUCUCUGCUGCCGUUCAUCAUAGUGGAAGAUUCUGGCUAGUUCAGUAAAGAGAAUUUUGAUUUAAACUAGUGCGAUGCAAAAGAGUGAUUAGUUGCUGAAAGUGAGAAUUUGUUAUUGCUGUUGGUGCUCUGUUAGACACUUCUUGAUGUUUCAAAUAAAGCUAUAUGCUUAAUUACAA